AUGUUACUAUAUUUCGUCGGUAAAAAUAAGUUUCUGUCUGAAAAUAUAAGGCCAGUCAUAGAGUUGCUAUGUAAAAUUUUAGAAGACCACGAAAUUUGCUUAAUUAGAGCAGAAAUUUUUAGGAAAGCUAAAUUUGACACGAAUUCAGUAACGCCUGCAUUUUGGCAGUUACUUCAUAACACUCUACAAUAUUGUAAUAACGUUAAAAUAAAUGAAAAAAGCACUGAAAAUGAUGUCAAAAAUGUUUUCAAUGAUGACUCAAACACUUCUACUUCCACAAACAACGCUAAACUUCAACAAAAAGUGCCACAAACUAAUAUCGAACAUUACGUUAAUUUUGUAAAAUUUGAAUUACUGAAGAAAAGAUACCUGUCGAAGGAGUUGAUGAGGCUUCCAUUGGACAUGUCAUCAGGCAGUAGAGAGUUGUUACUCGCUUUUGCUUGGAUUUUCGGGAAGGAAAACCUAAUCUCAACUUUUAUUCAUAAAAAAAUUACACUAUUUAACGACAGCGAAAGUGGCCUUAUUAAUUUGUACGGCCUCCCCAGUUUAGGGAUUAGUGAAGAGAAAAAAGAUGAUGAAAAACCUGAUGAAUUCAACUCAAGCGUUGAUUUAUUCUCAAAAAUUCAGCACUUAAUUCUCUUCAACAACAAAAUAAGAUUAAACCUGUGCAGGUUGUUUAGCAUGAGAAAAGAACUGCACAUGAAGAAACACAUUUUGUACGAAUCCAGCUGGAAUAAUCAUACAAGAGUACCCCACUCGCAGUUGCCUAAUCACCUAUUUCUUUACGAGGUAGAACUUUUGAGAGAUCCUGAAAAACUUGAAAAAUACAUCCAACUGUUGAAUUUAGACAACCAAAGGUUAGAAAGAUUGCUUGAUUGGAAGAAAGUUGAAGAGAAAUUCUGGAGAUGGAUGGACAGUGUCUUAGAUGCUAAAUUCAUUGAUAACAACAACAACAACAACAACAACAACAACAACAACAACAACAAUAAUAAUAAUGAUAAUAAUAAGGAUGAUGAUAAUGAAGAUGAAGAUUUUAUAGGCGGGAAUGAUUUGAAAUUAGAUUUAAACUUUUUUCAAUUUGAAGACAAGUUAACCACCGAAUUAUGCAAUAAACACGAUCAGCUGGAGAAAUAUUUUAACAGCAACAACAACAACAACGAUAAUAAUAAUAAUUAUUAUAAAAAUUAUAACAAUAAUAAUUAUAGUAACGAUGAUGAUGAUGACGGGGAAGAACGGGAUGAUGGUGAUGAUGAUGAAGAUGAAGCCAUCAAAAAUCUAAACGAGUUACUAAAACUAGUGGAUAGAAAAAUCGAACAACAUAGAAUGAAUAUAAACAACAACAAUAAUAAAAAUAACAACAACAACAACAAUAAUAAUAAUAAUCUUAUAAAUUCUAACGACUACUCAUUUGUAUAUACUGGUCCAGUUUACAACGACAACAAUAAUGAUGAUAAAGGUAACGAUAAUAAUAAAGACGAUGACGAUGAUAAGAACAAUAAUAAUAAUAAUAAAAAUAAUAAUAAUGAUGAAGAUGAUGUUGAUGAUGAUGACGACGAUGACGACGAUAGUGAUGAGUUCAUAAGUAAAUUCAGAGAAUUAUUAGACAGCAUUCCUGAUAAAAAAUCAUCAGCAGCAGCAACUAUAACAGCUGCAGCGGUUGAAGCAGUAGCAGUAGCAGCAGCAACAUCAAAAGCAACUACACCAUCAAUAUCAUCAUCAAAAUCAACUCCAACAACAACAAAAACUGCAACAUUUUACGAGGACAUAGAACGGGAGACAAAGAUCUUGCGGCAGCUGGUGAAUAAAUUAGAAAAUGAUCUGGUGGUUUUUUCCUUCCACAAGCAAGCCAAGCCAUAUUUCGAAGGUGUGCAGUGCAUGCAGGCAGGCAGAAAGGCAGGCGGGCAUUUAUCAUGUGAGAGCCUUGUGAUGUUGAUGUUCUCGUCUGAUGCAAGAUUAAGUACAAUGACAAAAAAUAGAGACGAAACAAUUUCGUCGAAGGAAAAAAAAUUUUUGAAGACAAAAAUCAUGAUCGGAUCGCAGCAUCUUAACGAGAUGGGGGCCGACAGCAAGGAAGAUAUUUAUUCGCAAGAAGAUAUACCACAACAAAUGUUUUUUCUGGACAGCGGAGAUUUAGAAUCUUUGGUCUCCAACAGAACUGAUGACGUCAUUGAUGCAUGCAUGUCUGAGCUACCGGAUGAAAAUUUUAAAACACUGGGCGGCAUUAUGGUAUCAGAGGGUCAUCAGUUUAGUAGCAACUACAACAACAACAACAAAGUCGAUAAUGACGUCAUCGCUUACGGCAACAACAACUACAACAACAUCAACAACGGCAACAACAAUAACAGCAACAGCAGUACCAAUGAUCAUGAUCGGCCAAUUAGAAUUGACGACAUCAAAAUUGACAAAACAAUCGUGGCUCAACACGCAACAUCUGUCAAUGACGUCACAGAAAACGUCAAUAACAACAACAACAUCAACAACAACAUCAACAACAACAUCAACAACAACAUCAACAACAACAUCAACAACAAAGACGACAAUAAAAUUAGCCUCAACAACAUCAACAACAACUAG